AUGGCAACAAGUGAAAUAAAAAAACAGUUAAUUGAAAUUGGCCCUGGAUUCUGGAAUAUUCGUGGACAUUUUAAAAAAUUAGCCGGUUUAGUUGAUAUUGAAACACAAAUGUCAAUCAUACGUUUAAAAAAUGGUAAUUUCAUUAUCAUAGAUACAAUUCCAAUAGAUCAAGGAUUAAAAAUAGAAAUUGAUGAACUAACAUCAUAUGGUGAUCGAAUUGAAGCUGUUCUUGCUACACAUCCAUUUCAUACAUUAGCAUUUCCAGCAUUUUAUCAGUUAUAUCCCAAACCACCAUAUUAUGGUACACCACGGCAUCUUAGAAAGUUAACCGACAUAAAAUGGUUUGGAAACCUAAUAGAUCUACAAAUAAGAGAAAAAUGGGAACCGGAUAUUGAAAUGAGAAUACCUGCUGGUGCUGAAUUUAUUGCUCCAGAGCCAGAAAAAUCGAAUCAUUUUGUAAGUGUAUUUGUUUAUCAUGGCCCCAGUCAUACAUUACACGUUGACGAUACAAUUAUGUAUUCACCAAAUCCUAGUUUUCUGUUAAAAGUAGCUGGUUAUAAACAUGGAUCAAUGAUUUUUCAACCAGCUAUCAAAAAUCAUGGUCUAUAUCCAACAGCUGAUGCACCAUAUCACUUUCGUGAUUGGAUGCGUAAGAUACUAAAUGAUUGGAAUUUUGAUAAUAUAUGUUGUGCACAUAUGGGUAUUAAAAUAGGUGGUGCUAAACAACAAGUACAAGAUAUGUUAAAUAAAGCUGAACCAUUAUUUCAAAAAUUAAGUGAAAAAAAUCAAAAACAUAAUCCACAGGGUGAUUUAAAAGUAAAACAGAAACAUGAUGAUAAAGAAGAACAACAUGAUGGUAUGAAUAUAAGUGGAAAUGAAUGUGGUUGA